CUUGACCAAGCCAAGGAAGACUAUAAACGUCAUGCCGACAGCCAUCACCAGCCCGGGCCCGAGAUCAAGGUAGGAGACCGGGUUUGGUUGUCCACUCGCUUUCUGCCCUCCCACCGCCCCUGUCGGAAAUUAGAUGCCCGCUUCAUUGGCCCAUACACUGUGGUGGCGCAACUUAACCCCGUGACUUUCAAACUUCAACUUCCGCGCUCCAUGCGCAUUCAUCCGGUGUUCCACCGUUCCCUCCUCCUUCCGGCGGAUGGGGUCUGCCCCGAUGUAAACCGGCCACCCCCCGGCCCCACUUUGGUGGACGGGGAAGAGGAAUUUGAGGUCCAGGACAUUUUGGAUUCUCGUAUUCAUCGCCGUCGCCUUCAGUAUCUGAUUGAUUGGGUGGGCUAUGGACCGGAAGAACGCUCUUGGGAAGACGCUUUCACUGUCCACGCUCCUGACUUAGUCCAACGCUUCCACCGGACCUACCCUUCCAAGCCGCGGCCCCGCGGAUCUCGGGGAGCGGGCCCCGUUGGGGAGGGGCUUGAGGGGGGGGAUAGUACCGAGUGGAGGUGGACCAACAGCAAAUGCCUCGCCGAUCAAGGGAAAGUGGUAGAUUCAAGCCCCCAGCAAGAGCAGCAAGGCGCUUCUCCCCACACCAUGGAAGAUUGGCAAGCUGGGAGAGAAGAGGGGGUCGAGGUGCCUGUUUUUCCUGCGGCCGCGAGGGACAUCGAGUGGCAGAGUGUCCGAAAGGAGCUGGCGCAGGAGCAAAAAGAGAGAAGCCCUGCAGUCAAAAUUCGCCUCUCCUGCCGCCCAAACUGGCUAAAGGGAAAGCUGCCAUGGCAACCGAAACAGCAUUAG